AAAUGAAUCCUAGUUGCACAUAAUAAUUCCAGUGACACUCAGCUUCGGAUUCAGUUCUAUCCAUGCCCUUAUCUGCCUAUCCAAUAUCCUCUAAAUUUUGUUAAUUUAUCCUUUCAAAGUCUCUUGAAAUCAUUCAUACUGAUGAGCUCAUAUGGAUUUUUAGACUAGAAGCAAUGGUUCAUUUUGUGUUUGUUCUAUGCUCCUAGUCUAUGCCAGGUGGAGAUUUAGAAAUACAUACAUAAUGUUCCUCGGUCCCAGGAAGGGGAAAGAAGUAUAAACAGGAAAUUGUUCAAAUAAGCUGAUUUGUACUGUCCUAAAGAGAAAGCAGGAAAUGCUCUGGGGAAGUUCACAGCUUUGCUUGAGUGGAUCAACGAAGGCAUCCUGAGAAGAGCAGAGGUUCACCCUGAUUUGUCAAGGAAGACUAGGACUGUGCUGAGUGGGGACGGUGUGGACUGGUCAUUCGACGAUCCCUAAAUACUGGGCUUGUACAGGGGAUAGAGGAGACAGGAAUCGAUGAGGGCCUGCUCUUGGAGAUCUCACCAUCAUGUCUCAUCAGCUCAGUCUUGUUAGGGUCACUCCAUGAGAGGUCUCAAGCUAGUAGGGAUCGAGGCAGUGGUCAGGAGCCUUCAAGGAAGCUUGAAGAUGACCAAUACAGAGCUGCACAAGCAGGGCCUGCUGCUCUUUGCUGAAAUCCUGACUCGGCAACCAGAAGAGAUCAGGCUGUUCACAAGCUCAGCUAUGUGUGGAGAUGCUGGCCGUGCCCUCCAAGAGGCAGUGGGCAGUCCUGUCCUGGAUGUGGCCUCUGAGGCAGUGAAGGCCGUUGCUGCUUUCCUGAGGAAGGACCAUCAGAGCACACCGCCUGUGCAGUACGGAACACUGCAGGCCUUGCUUGAAGCCAUGCUGAGCCGGUGUGUGGAGUUCUCCCAGAUGCCGCUGAGCAGGAGGUCCUUGGGUCAUGCCAGCAGCAGAAAUUUAGAGAAAGCCAUUAUUCGAAGGGGAAAUUUCCUCCAGAGCACUCUGGAAGGAUUUAGAAAAGCCUGCAGGUUGGCUGUGGAAUUCCAGAGUGAGCCUUUGGCCCAGGAGAAUCCCUUUACAGCUCCCAGUGCAGAGAAGGAAGAUACCCUGGAGGCUUUUUCAGAAUUUCUUCUCAAAGCCUGUGACUCUCUGUGUAUCCCUCUGGUGAUGACAUACUUGGAGCAGGCCACUCAUCCAGCUUUGAUGGAUACUUUUUUCUCCAUUCUGUACAACCUCUUUGUCAUCGUUCCUCACAUGAAGGAGAAAUUCUCCAAGAAGCUUGCUUCCUCAUCCUUCAUACAACUUACCCUGGAGCUGAAGGCCAAGUUCUGUAGUGGCUCUAGUGAUUCAAGCCUAAACCAGGUGUGUUCCAGUUUCCUCUACUGCAUGUGCCUUAACCUCCUCUCAGCUCCAGAAAAGACAAGACCACCGUCCCAAGAAGAACUCUCUGCAGUGUCUGAUCUCCUGAAGUAUGGUCUGCCCCACAUAAGCAGCAGGACCUCUGAGACCCUUGCCUUCCUGUCUGAUCGUCAAUAUGUGGAGGAAGCUGCUCGCCAGAGGCAGUACUGCAUCCUAAUUCUCUUCUACCUGGCCUAUAUCUAUGAGGACAGGUUUGUCCCAGAGGCACAGUUAUUUGAGGCUGUGCAAAGCUUCCUCCUAUCUCUGCAGGACCAGGGUGAGCUCCCGCCACCAGUAAUCUGCAGAGCCUCCAUCUAUUUGCUUGCAAUCUGCCAGGACAAGGACAGUGUACUGCAUGAGACGGUGGUUAGUGCAAUCAGAAAGUUCCUAGAGGGCAUCUCUGACCUGCACUUGGUCUACACUCACCACCCCCACCUGCUGAGGUUCCUCCUGGUGUAUCCAGAGCUGAUGAGUAGGUUUGGGCACCAGGUUCUGGAACUUUGGUUCUCCUUUGAAGGGAACAACUAUGAGGAACUGGAUGAUGUCCCUUCUGCUGAACAGCCCACCCUUCCUGCCAGCUUCACAGCCUUGUUCCAGAUACUCAGAAGCAGCCCCAGCAUUCUGCUCAUUUUGCUGGACCUUAUCUACUCCAGCCCAGUAGACAUAGCCCGCAAGGUAUUGAUUGUCCUGAAGACCUUCCUGAGGAAGAAUGAAGAUAUCCAAGUGGGCAGUCUCAUCCGAGGACACUUCCUGUUGAUCCUGCAACAUCUGCUGGUGGAGGAUGUGGUUGUCCCUGCAGGAGUCUCAGAGAACUUGUCACUGCUGCUGAACCUCCUGUCAUUGGUACAGCUGAGGAACGAGUCAAAACAAGAACUGGACAGCAUGGCCAUGAAACUCCUUCACCAAGUAAGCAAACUGUGUGGGAAGUGCAGCCCCUCUGACGUGGACAUCCUGCAGCCUUCCUUCAACUUCUUGUACUGGAGCCUUCAUCAGACUAUGCCCAGCAGUCAGAAAAGAGCUGCUGCUGUGCUCCUGAGCUGCACACACCUGAUCGAGCUUCUGGAGAAGAUGCUGGCGCUCACCUGGACAGAGAUGGACUCUCCCCGAAACCUGCUGCUCUGCUCUGCCUGGCUCCUCACUGCUUCCUUCUCUGCCCAGCAGCACCAUGGCGGUUUAAAGGUUCACCAGACAUUGUCCGUGGAACUGGACGAAGUACUGAAAGCUCUCAGCUUUCCCAACCGAAAAGUUGCACUGCUCCUAGCUGCUAUCUUAAGCUUCCUGCGGACAUCCCUGCAACAGAACUUCUCCUCUGUCCUGGUGGCCUGGGUGUACUCAGGGUCCCACCCACCACCAGCCCCUGAGGACAGUGUCCUAGCUCCACUAAGAACAUCACAAGUGCUAUCUCUGGUCAUCGGGCUGCAGAACCUUCUGGUGCAGAAGGACCCUAUAUUGUCUCACGCCUGUGUCAGCUGCCUGGAGGCCUUGCUUGACUACCUGAAUGCCCGGAGUCCAGACUUAGCACUCCAUGUGGCCUCCCAGCCCUGGAAUCGAUUUGUGCUCUUCACUCUUUUGGAUGCUGGAGAGAAUCCCUUUCUCAGACCUGAGAUACUUAGGCUUAUAACCCUGUUUGUGCGGUACCAGAGCAGUAGUGUCUUCUCUCAUGAAGAAGUGGGUCAAGUUCUGCAAGCUGCAGUUUUGGCUGACUUUUCUACCCUCUCGAAUACCACACUCCAGGCUCUACGUAACUUCUUCCUGCAGGUGCAGAGCAUGGGCCUUCUGACUGACUACAACACAGCCCAGGCCCUUCAGGCCUCCCUGGAGGGCUUUUCCUCCAGCACCUUUUCUGCCCAGCCUCUUCAGGACAUGCUCUGCCUGGGAGGGGUAGCUGUAUCCCUGUCCCACAUCAGAGACUAAGCCUCAGGACUUCAGAGAUCCAGAAACUAAGAGCAAUGAGACCUGCGGACAAAGUCAGGGCAUAAUUGUAGAGAUGGAUGACAAUCUCAGCCAUUCAUCUGGAGCCAUUUGCUCUAUUGUGGAAAUGGAAUCCAGAAAUAAAAGUGAUAUACAUACACACACACACACACACCUUUGUGGGCUCCCACUCUAAAUUCAUCUUGUUUCCCUGAGGCAGUUUCUCAGCCAGUAAAAGAGUGGGCAGUUUCGACAAAGAUGAAUCACUUCAGGGAGAGAGCAGUUGUAUUAUGGCAACACUGCCUAAGGAGUAUGUGGGUGUCUCACUAUCCUCAGGGCUGGGAGGACAAUGGAAGGCCUUAGAAUUGGGGCUGCCAGUAGCUAGAA